GACAUAUUUUAAAGAGCAGCGCAACCUGUACCACGCACAUCUAACAUGGCCCAAGAAGAUGCCCACGCCCCCAAAAAAAAAAAGAAAGAAAGCAGCAGUGCAACACCGAAUCCAAAACCCAAACCAUAAUCUUUCUUCUGUUUUAAGCUUUUUCCCCUUCAGUGCAUCGGAUCCCAACUAAUAAAUUAUUAACAGGUUUUAAGAAGCAUCGGGGCCUUUUUGCUUUUCUGUAACGCAAGACAUACCAUCCAACUUCUUCACCGACAAGGAGUCUUCUUCACAUUUCACAGAACAAGCCACGCGGUUACUUUCUGGUGCGGUGCAAAUUUCUCGAUUUCUGGAAUAACCGAAAACAGCCCCAGAGUUUCGGGCUGUAUAGGGAUUGUGCCUUGUACCUUGCCUAGCUGUACUUUUGUUUUUUUGGAAUAUAUAUAAAACAGGUGUACGCUGUUUUUAAGGAAUUCAUGCGAGAAGCGGUGCAGGUGGAAUACCCUCUUCAGUGAAGAGAAGGAGGUGGUGGGGGAGUAGAGAGAGCAAGGGAAGAAGAACAGGAGUUGAUCUGGUUGGUUCUGGAGCUUCAAUUAUUCCAACAAUGGCUUCGACGGUGCUUCUGGUCUUAGUUUUCGUCUUUGAUGUCAUUGCUUUCUCCCUCGCCGUCACAGCUGAGCAGAGGCGUAGCACUGCCCAGAUUGUCCAAGACAGCGAAAAGGAAUAUAACCAUUGUGUCUAUGACUCCGACAUUUCAACUGGUUUGGGCGUGGGUGCCUUCUUGUUCCUCAUGGCCAGUCAAGCUAUCAUCGUGGUGGCAAGCCGGUGCUUCUGCUGUGGGAAGGCUUUGAAUCCAAGUGGUUCAAGGGCUUGGGCUGUUAUCCUUUUCAUUACCUGCUGGAUAUUCUUCUUCAUUGCGGAGGUGUGCUUGUUGGCGGGUUCGGUGAGGAACGCAUACCACACCAAGUACAGAACAAUUUUCAACGAGAACCCCCCAUCUUGCGAGACCGUGAGGAAGGGGGUUUUCGGGGCAGGGGCAGCUUUCAUUUUCUUCACCGCUAUAGUUUCCGAACUAUACUACAUUUGCUAUUCCAAGGCCAAGGGAAGCUCCCAACCAUAUGGCAGAGACACUGGUUUGGGCAUGGGAACCUACGGCUCAGCUUAAUAAGUUGAGGUGACCUCAACCAUCACUUAGCAAUAGAAAUCACUCCUACAUUUAUGUGGAUUGUUUCUUGCUAUCAACCAUGUUACUCGAUUUCUUGCUUUGGAUUGGAUUUUGUGUUUUAGGGAUUUGGACAGUGUAGUAGUUCUAGACACACAUUCCAUUUUUUUUGUUGUCGACUUCCAUGAUCCCUGUAAGAAAUUUUUCCAUGAUUGUGUUAUAAAAAUAUAAUAGCAGUAGAUUAUUAUUGCAA